AUGUGUUACCACAACUUCACGCAGCAGCUCCCCAUACUGACCACCACCAGCAACGGCUGCGGGCACAUCGGCGAAUCGCACCAGCAGCCCUGGACCCUCUGCCAAAGCGCCGUUCACAGGCUGAACGACCUACGAGGCCCCAUGUCCCCCCCUCUCUCUCCCACAGUACCCCAUCCCGCCCCAAUGAAGCGCUCAGGCUCAACACGGCGUUUCUUCUCCCUCAGCCAGACCAUCUCGCGCUCGGCCUCCAGCGCCUCGCGCCGCACCGUCUCCACCCCGGAUGCCAAUGACGCCUACUUCUCGCCCACGGACCCCGGCGCCGCGCUCAACUACGCCACUCUCCCUGAUCACCAGCUGAACGCCGUCCGAUGCCAUACGCCCAGCAAAAGGAGCCAGAUCAGCCGGGAGAUGGAUGUGUGCAAGGAGUGCAAGCGGUGGAUCGGGGAUAUGCGGCGCAUGGUUGAGAGGUACGAUAAGACGGGGAGUAUCCGGGGGACGAGCGCGUUUGAGACGUUUCUGAGGUGGCAGGAUGGGCAUGGGGGUAGCCAGGAGGGCGAUUUGACGGUGCCGUUGGGCGAUAGUAUCGACGGGGUGGGGUUGGGUGCGCAGGAAGCUAUUAUCCUAGGGCAUCCUGAGGGGCUGCUGGGGAGUAGUAAGGACGCGCGCUCGUUUGUUUCAUGA